GAAAAAGUUACAAAAGAGAAAAGGUCUCUUCUUCUCUCUCUCCUCUCAUACAUAAGAAAUAGAACAAAGAAUUUCAAUUAAAAAAAGCUGAAUUAUUCACCAAAAAUAAAUUUCAUCCUUCUUAAUUCAAAGCGAUACGUUUCAAAUUGAUAAGCGUCUGCGGGCGAAACACGGAGACUCUCUCUCUCUUUCUUUGAUCUCGUAGAAUUCCACGUGCAGCAAAAGUUACAAGAUGGAGCAUGAUGAGACUGGGUGCCAACCUCCCCCAGAAGGUCCUAUUUUGUGUGUUAACAACUGUGGUUUCUUUGGUAGUGCUGCAAACAUGAACAUGUGCUCCAAGUGUUACAAGGACCUGAUACUGAAACAAGAACAAGCCAAACUUGCCGCAUCAUCAAUCGAGAACAUCGUCAAUGGAUCAUCGAGUGGCAAUGAGCAGGAAUCUGUUGUUGCAGAUGCUGCAAUCAUGCAAACUGAUCUGGUUGAAGCGAAGGCAAUAUCUUUGCCGUCAAUUAACACUUCUAGCUUUGCCGAGGCGGCUGAACCUAAGACAAAAGAAGGUCCAAACAGAUGCAGCACCUGCAAGAAACGAGUUGGCCUGACUGGAUUCAAAUGCCGUUGUGGUUAUCUUUUCUGUGGAUCACAUCGCUAUUCUGACAAACACGACUGCCCCUUUGAUUACCGCACUGCAGCUCGGGAUGCUAUAGCCAAAGCCAACCCAGUUGUUAAGGCAGAAAAGCUUGAUAGAAUCUAGAGACGGUGAUCUAAAGCUUAUGUGUUGGUUCUAUGGCACUUGCAAUUCUUCCGAGAGGCUGAUUUCCAAGAUGCUCUGCCUGUUGCAUUACAUAUCCUGUUAUCUAUCAAGGCAUAGCAGUUGAAUCGCCUCGACGUAGAAGAAUUUCAAUGUCCAUUGUGAUUGGUCAGAAGUUUGCUUUCAUAUGUGCGGGUAUGGUGGUAGUUUGUAUGUGUUUCAUGCUAUUUCAUCAUAUUGCUUCUAUUUCUAUAUGGUGUUGGAUGUCUGAGUGGCAUGCGAUCAUCCUAGUCCAGACAAGGUGAAGGAACGCGUCCAUGAAGACAGCUUGUAAAUCACUAUGUUUAUUUGUCUAAUAGCAUGUCUCUACUUUCAGCAACUUGGGACAUUGUUCUCUUGCUGUUAUUACCUUAAAAGAAUAACUCUACAUGUUCUUCCCCGGUUGUCGGUUA